GUCUGUCAGAGGUUGCUGAAGCCUUCCACUUCGCCAAGCUCAUUGACAGAGCCUAUCCAGACUACGACUUUCCAGUGAACCUUUUUAACACAAUGGAAGGUGCAUUCUACAUUGGUUUCAUGCAGUCCGUGCAGGUCAGGGGGACACUGGUAGAGCGCUUUGAGGUGGCGAAGCAUGGCCAGCUGCGUAUGGUCAAGGGAGGCGGAAGAUCAGAUUUCGUGAUAAAGAACAUCAAGACCAAUGCUGCGGUGGCUGAAGUGGAUGCCCAUGGUAAUUUCACAGGAGCCAGGACUUUACCCGGGGAGGUCUUGACCGGCGCAGGGAAGUGGGAUGAGAAUAAGCUCAGCAUAGCCAUGGUCAUCGAAUAUGGCAGCUUCCGCUACUAUGAAGGUGGCGACAAUGAAGCCAACGACCUUCUGGACGCGGUGAACCCGACUGCACAGGUGGUGGGGCCGGUGGAUGUAGCGACUCUGAACCAUCACGGCCAAGGGGUCACCAAGACAUUUGCUGAGCUUCUCGAUCCCAAGGUGGCUAUUCUGCAAGCUUGGUGUUCAAGCCAUCCACCAAGCAGAAGCAUACAGAUAUUGAGAGAGGAAGGCCGUGGGCAGCAGCGGGAGAUUUUUGCAACUGACAUGUUCACGGAGAAGCUCGCUGAACUUGAGGCCCAGGGCCUGGCGAAGAGUUUCAGAUCCGUGGCAGGCCACGUAGUCGUACGCGUACAUCCCAAGCAAGACGACAAGCAGAGCUAUGAGAUCUUUGUCCUUGAUCCAAGUUCAUUGUCUGUCUUAUCCAGGCAUGGCUUCUAUGAG